AUGGCUUCGAUCAUUCAAUGGAUUUCCUCUGUGAACAAGGCCAGGGACGAAGAUUCUUCGGAUUCUGAAGGGGUGAGUUGCGUAGGACAAAAAGCCUCUCCCAAUUCGAGUUUUAUAAUUUGUAACGUACAUUACAUACAAUUUAAAUAUUUUUAGUCCGAUGCUUCUUUCGAACGUGUUGAAAUCGAAGACGAUCUGCACGAUGAGAACCUGGAAACCUCCACCGAUCCUUCCGAUUUUGUGGACUCUGUUUCGAUCCAAGAUUUUGAUGCGAUUUCCCUUCGCACGGCUACUGAAUUUAGUGGUGAUUUUGAUAUCGCCUCUGUUCGUACAGCUAUUGAUACGACCCAAGAUUUUGAUGCUGUCUCUGUUCGUACUGCAGUUGAACCUACCCAAGAUUUUGACUCCCUCUCUCUUCGCACGGCUACUGAAUUUAACGAAGAUGCCGCCUCUGUUCUUACGGCUAUUGAACCGACCCAAGAUUUUGAUGCCGUCUCUGUUCGUACCGCUACUGAAUUCAACGAAGAUUUUGAUGCCGUCUCUGUUCGUACCGCUACUGAAUUCAACGAAGAUUUCGAUGCCGUAUCUGUUUGUACGGCGGUUGAACCGACUCAAGAUUUCGAUUCUGUCUCUGUUCAUACGGCUAUUGAAUUGAGCGAAGAUGCCGCUCAUCACAACUCUGACAUCCAAAUUCCCGCCAUUCCGACCUCUGUUCACGUGGAGCAACUUGAACCAAAGACUUCGAAUGAUUUGAUUCAAAGUGGACCUACUUUUCACAGUUUUUCUGACGGGAUCCAAGACGAUUUUGACGCAGUUUCUGUUCACACGGCCAUUGAAUUGGAUGACGAUGAGCUGAGAAACCCAAAACCAGCUGAAAACAUUGAAGAUCUUGCACCAAUGCUUGCGUCGAUUAAACUGCAUUUGGUUUCUGUGGAAAAGGCGAAGAAUACGAUCGCAGAGUUUGUUGCAACUUUUAAGAUGGGGAAAAUUGAGGAGGAGAAAAGUGUAAGUUGCAGAAAUUUAAAGAGCCAAAGUUUGAUGACGCCUAUUUUUUAAAUAUUUUACUUUUUUUCAGUCCGAAACUUCCUUCGAAUUUGUUGAAAACGAAACUGCCCAAGGAAAGGAACCGGAGUUGGAAUGGCGGACAGAAUCAUUUGUUCAAAACACAUGUGAAUCGCUCACUAGUGCUGGAAAAGCUGAAGAAUUGGAGGAGCUCGAACAAUUUGAUGAUGACAAUCUUUCCGUGGCCACAGGCAUCGAACUGGAAGAGGCUUUGCCCAGAAACAAUGACCCAAUUCCUCAAAAUAAGGAAGGAAUCGACGCUGUUGCCAGAUUGGUUGAGCAAUUACGUUUGAGAACAGAGAUGGAGAGAGAAAAGAGACGGGGAUACGAUGAGCCCAGAUUUGUGAUCGAUCGAGGAGAAAUCUCGGAUUCUACGGAGAGCGAGACUGGGGAUGAAUCUGAGACUUCGGAAGAAGAAUCGGAUGAGGAUUGCAGUUCUGAGGAAGGCGAGAGUUCAGAGGAAGAUGAAGAAUCAGAAUCCGACGAUUCAGAUGAUGAUGACGAUGACGAUGAGCAAAAUAAGGUCGAGGAAAUAGUUGCAGAAAAGACUUCAACUGGCACGGAAAUUGAGAAUGAUGACCAACAAAUCACUCAAGCUUCUCAAGUCUCCAAGGAACCUCAAAAUUCCACUCAACCGCCCCAGCCAACCUCUACAAUCAAGCCCUUCCAAUAUCGCCGUCGCUUCAGAAAUGGAAAAUCCAACAUCCGAGCCAUGGCCAAGUUUAGGGCUGUAGAAAAAUCGGAUUCCCAGACCUUUUUGGAAUGCAUCGAGUUGUUGGGAAUUGUAAGUAAAAAUUAGCUGGUAAUGAAUUUUACUUUUGCUUUCAGAUUUUCUUCGUUUUCGCCAGUGGACUCUUUAUGGGUUACUAUCAAAGGAAAAUAAUGGAUAAGAAAAUGGGUAGGUGAAACGAAAUAAAGGGCCAGAGUUGUUAAGAAUUACUGUUUUAGCUGUAGAGGACGAGUCGAAUUUACAUAAACGGAGUUUUAUUUUCAGAGCAAUUCAAAUCACCGUACACCCAAGAGCAAGUGAGAAAGAUCCAGGGAUUGGAGAAUAUGAGCAAAGAUCUUGCCGAGAGACUCCACCAACAGGAAACCCUUUCCCAUAUUCGUGAAGCAGCACUGGUAGAUAUGAAUACUCAACUCCAGGGUGCGAUGAAAGAAGUCAAGGAAAUUCAAGAAGCCCAGAGAAAUCAACUUGUCACCAACGCCUCUGACAAUCCUUAUUUUUCCAUCGGAUUCCGUCUUCAGCCCGCUGAAAUCACCGAAAAUGGAAUUAAAAUGGGAGGAAAGCAGUGGAGGUUAGCUUUGGCGUCCUUGGACAAGACAGAGAAGGCCCCGGCCAUCAACAGAAACAUCAUUUAUUAUCCAUCAUUGUGUGUUCAGAGACAGGGAAAAGAAUAUUGCCUUUAUCUGUCAUUUUGGUAUUAUAAAUAA